AUGUCCACACGCGCGGCGCUCGAGAACUUGACGCUGGCGGACGCCGAUGCCCUCGACUGCGGUGUCUGCUGCCUCCCGCUCAAGCCGCCCAUCUUCCAGUGCGGGGUGGGGCACGCGCUGUGCGAGCAGUGCCGCGGCAAGCUGGCCUCGGCGCGAACCUGUCACGUGUGUCGCGCUCCGAUGGCCGACGGCUACCGCCGGAACCACGACUUGGAGCGGCUGGUGGAGUCCAUCCGCGCGCCCUGCCCCAACGCCGCCUACGGAUGCGCCGCCAGACCGGUCUACUACGACGGGCCCCGCCACCUCGAGGACUGCCUCCACGCGCCGUGCCACUGCCCCGAGGAAGCCUGCGGCUUCGUCGGCUCCACGGAGAUGCUGCUGGCCCACUUCGCCGGAGAGCACGAGUGGCCGUGCACCAGCGGCGUCCGCGCCGGGGAGUCCUUCUCCGUGGACCUCGAGGACGGCUUCAACGCCGUCACCGUCGGGGACGGCGCCAGGGAGCUGCUGUUCCUGGUGAUGGCGUCGCCCGUGUACCUCGGACGCGCCAUCUCCGCUGUAUGCGUGUGCCCCCGAACUGACGGCGGCGAUGAGAUCUUCUACGGGAUCGAGCUCGAGUUCGAAAGAUUAGGCGGCUGGUAUGGUGAGCGCCUGAAAUCUUUUUUCAACGUGGAAUGCACGAAUCUCUCCAGUGGCCUACCCGAUCCCGACGACCGCUUCCAGUUCCUCCUGCCCAAUUCUGUCAAGCCAUAUGAGGCGGUAACUAUCAAGAUCGAAGCCUGCAUUUACACCGAGAUACAGUAA